UGCAACCAACACCGCCGCCUCCUCCUCCAUUGAUUCACAGACUUCACAUUCCCCCCACAAAGCAGAGCCACCAGCUUCCACAGUGAUCACAUUAAUAACAACAAUAGUGUGUGAUCGCAGGAGGAGAGAGAGAGAGAGAGACCCGGCCGCCGCUGCUCGUCCUCCGCGGGAUACGUGGAUACAACAGGAGCCAUCCCUGCUGCCUUUUUUUACCCAUCCACGCCUGAUCCUCACCUGUGUUUCUCCACUUUGACAUCGCCAGCUGAGUUUUUUCUUUUUGUUUUUCCGUGCGUGUAACUUCUUGGAUACCAGCGCGUUGUCCUUCUUAAAUGUCGGACUGAAUAUAACUGCUAUGACAGGGAAACUAGCGGAGAAGCUCCCUCUUACCAUGAGCAGUUUAAUAAACACGAUCCCUGACAGUCUCUACCCAGAAGAGGACAUCCCGACGUCAAUGAAUAUUUUCACCAGUACGGAAUCUAUUAACCACUAUUCCCAGAUGAACGCGGAUAAUAUCAUGGAUCUGGGCAUGGGAAGCGAGAAGUCAUCGGCAGAGAUUCAGUAUGGAUCCAGCUUCCAGUCCAACCGCAGCGGGCAGACUGUCACCUACCUGGGGAAGUUUGCCUUUGACACUCCUCCGUCUGGUGGCAUCGGUGGCUCCGGCUGGUGCUCUGACAACAACAUCAUCAGUCUCGUCAGUGCAGGGAUCCUGGGGGUUUCUCCCUCACCCGGCACGGUAACGACGCAGACAUCAUCCUCCGCAGCCGGCAUGGGCGGACAGGCGUCAGACAUGGAGCAGGUCUACGGUCCACCGCUGCCUGCCUAUUCUACCUGCGGUGACCUGUACCAGGAUCAGGUCUCCUUUCACCACAGCCCUGCCACGAGCACGGCUCUAGCCUACCCUGGCAAUGACUAUCACUCCACAUCCAAAGCCUCCAUGGACGGCAGCCUUUUCUCCAUGAUCCCCGACUACAACCUUUUCCAUCAUCAGGGGGAUGUUGGGGUGAUGGAGCACAAGCCCUUCCAGAGUAUGGACCCCAUCCGAGUCAACCCUCCUCCCAUCACACCCCUGGAGACCAUCAGAGCAUUCAAAGACAAGCAACAAAUUCACCCAGGGUUCAUGGGUGGGCAGCAGCACCCUCCCCAGCACCACCCACCGCCACAGACGCUCACCCUCAAACCCAUCCGGCCACGGAAGUACCCCAACCGUCCCAGCAAAACCCCGGUCCACGAGCGGCCGCACGCCUGUCCGGCCGAGAACUGUGACAGACGCUUCUCCCGCUCAGAUGAGCUCACGCGUCACCUUCGCAUCCACACAGGUCACAAACCCUUCCAGUGCAGAAUAUGCAUGCGCUCGUUCAGCCGGAGUGACCACCUGACCACGCACAUCCGCACGCACACAGGCGAGAAACCCUUCUCCUGCGAGUUCUGUGGACGCAAGUUUGCCAGGAGUGACGAGCGAAAGAGGCACGCCAAGGUUCACCUGAAACAGAAGGACAAGAAGCCGAGCGACAAGAGCAGUGGGGCGCCCGGGAGCCACAGCUCGCCGCCCAGCUCCUGUGGGGGGCCGACAGUGGGAACGUCAUGACCGUCACUACGUGCACUUGGACUGAGCCUUCACCAUGCCCCAUAAAAGAGACUUAUGAAGAAGGGAUCACGUCCACUAUGAGAUAAAUAGGUGACUUUUCCCCCUCUCUUAUACAUCCCGUGCUCCUUUCAGUUGUAGUCCUUCUAUUUUGAGAUGGAUGCCUUUAGUUUAAUUAAAGCGGAGGAAGGCUGCUACGCCAUUCUCUUUCAAGCAACUCAGAGCCUCAGCUACUGUAACACAGUGCCACCACAAAGAAGGGCACCUUGGCACACACUGCCCCAAAAGCCCACUGUGUGUGUUAGGUUUCAGGGGUGGAUACACUUUUGUAAAUUUACCGAGAAUUUCUAAAUUGGGAGGAAGCCAGAAUCCAUCACAAGGGUCGAACAGACAAAAUAAUAAAUGGAGCUCAGUGGGAGGUAUGCAUUAAUGAUAUUAGGCUGUUUAAAAGUGCAAUUGGUUUUAUUUGUGUACUGUCAUUGAUACCUUAUUAGUGGCACUUGACUGUCUUUCUGAUGUUUUUGUUGAGGUGUUGUGUUUUUAAUUUUCUAUUUGAAUGUUGUUUUCUCCACAGAAUCUGCCAAAUGUAUUGUGUUGAUUCAGCCAACUUGGUUCUUAAUAUUGUGUCUGAUGUUUGCCAAACCUAAAAGUGAUAUCAGCUUAGCACACAUGUUGAGUUCGAGGUGAGAUCAGACUCAGACAGCGGAUCUCCGAUUUAAAGUUAGAGUUGGAUUUGAAGAAUUUGGUUCGAGCUAGACGACUGAAUGGGUCGCACGAAAAACAAACCAAUGUCUUGUCCUGUUACCUGUACUUAUAAAAACAUGCCUGCAGCAAUCAAUGCCUUUGCCAAGACUUAUUUAUUUGUAGUCACAGAGAGACACUGUGUAUUUGUGUUGCCUUAUUAUAUGAUGGCUUUAUGUGGUGUUACCGGAUAUCAUUUCUGUUGCUUUUUUUUAAAGCUCACCAAUAACGUUCAUUUGUUCCGUUUUCUUGAGUUCUGCAGUUGUAUGCAAUAUAUUCAUGACAUGUGCCACCGACCCGUAAAUCAAAUUAACUAAGAGCACAGUUAGACAGACUGAACUACUUAAAUAAACGACACCGGUUUGCAAAUCAGCAGCAUAUGAGAGCAAAGAUGAAUAAGGGAAAAAAGAUGAAUGAGGCCCUUUGUCUGUGCUUUCUAGUGUAAAAAGAUUUAACUACUUGUUUAAAUGACCAAAAGAUGAGCCACAUAUGGUGAGAGAAAAAUUCAAAUUUCCAAAUCUAUGUUUACAUAUUUUCUAAUACAGAGACUGAGACUGAGUUGUAAACUAUGAGGACUUGUUUUUGUACAGUAUACAAAUAUGUAUGCAGGUAGCUAGAGUAGAAGUUUCCCUUUUGUACUCAAUUGUCAAAUGCAACAUAACUCAGUAUUAAAUUGUGCAUAUUUGUGCAUGACUCCAUGCACACUAUGUAAAUACAAAUGUCUGCAUAAACAAGAAUUUUCAAUUGACUGAAUGCUUGUGCGGAAUGUGUCUCAAAGCUUUUAGUAAUGUAGUUAUAAUACAGAAUAUUUUGUUGUUAUAGGAAAAAAAAUUUGGAGCACUACAAUUGUGCCAAAUAUGGUGUGUUAUCUCCAUUAAAAAAAAAACAAUAGCAGUUGCACCAUCUGUAACGCUUUAACGUGGUAAAAGGAAGCACUAAUGUGUUCUCUGAAUAAAUGAGAAGAUUUUUUUUUAUUACAUUUUGUGUACCUCCAUUAUAGUUUCAAUCAAUUAUUUCAAUUAAAACAUCUUCCCCCUUUUAUAGAAAAACACUAGUUGUUCUCAAAUAGAUGUCACAGAAGAAAUGAAUGAAUCCUUUCUCAAACUAAAUAUACGACAGGGCAAUGCCAGUAUUUUUUAGAUUUGACUCUGAUGGGAAUAUCUCAAUUCAGUGAUGAUGAAUUUUAUAAAGACUCAUCUUUACCAUUCUCUCGGAUCUCAUGUUUUAUACUGAUAUUGACAACAAUAACCACAUUUGAUAAAAUAGCUCUUCCUCAAAAAUGUUGUUUUGUUUUCCUCUAGAAAUAAGAGGGUUCCAUAUUAUGGCUUUGAGGAGCAAAUGCAAAAAGGUAUAACUCGGAUGGCAGAGAAUACUCUUUUGGUCAAUAAGGCUAUAAAUAUCUAGAUAUGUACUUCACUCGAAGCCAGCACAAGACACAGAUGACAAAAAUACUGGUUCUGACAACACCAUAAAUGAUCAUAUCAUGGUAAUAGUAAAAUAUUUCUCAAAUACGAGAUAACAUUUUUCAAAAAAAAAUAAAUCUUGUUCUAUCCCUCUAGUAUUUCCAGUUGUUGGCUGUGCUCUCUGACUAUUAAGAAGUGUAUGGUGCACGUGAGGCAAAUAAUUCAUAUAACAGUAUUAUCAACUUAGAAAGAGAAAUAAUAUUGUACCAUUGUAAUAUUGUAAUAUUGAAAAAUGCAAAGGCCAAAGGAAAGGUUCAGGAAAGCAGUGCCACGGGGGACACGGUGCACACAGAAACCAGCUUCCAAGGCCACGCUUUCCCUUUCCUGUAACAACCAGUAUUCACUGCUGAGCUUCCUGGCAAGUGUCCACUUAUUUUCCAAUUAAUUUGGCCUCAGAGAGUCUUUUCUCAACUCAUCUACAUGGUUAAAUGAACAGACCUCCUAGCAUUUUUAGAGAUAGUUUAAAAGUUCACACACCCUGCAACAACCAACUGUAAAUCAAUAGUUUUGUGUCGUGAAAAAUACGUUAUUUUACUCCAUAAAUGGUCAUCGGCUAAUGAAACUUUUCUGAGCAGAUGCAACUGAAAUGACAGCGUAACAAACUCUUGCUAUGUUUUUACACAUUAAAUCACAGAGUAUUCCUUCUUUCAGAUUACAGCUCGAUCAUAACUAAUAUUUAAACAUUGCAUUGGGAUUUGCCUGAAUAAAUGGCCGCUAAUGUGAACAUCCUGUGGCAGACAGCUUCACGGAGUCAGCUCAAACAAAUAUAUGUAGUCGAUGAGGUGAUGAGAAAAACAAAAUGUUUAAAUUGAAUGUUUACCAAGAAUAAUUUGACGUUAGACACUGAUUGUUAUAUUCUCUGGAUAAUUUGGACCAAUAAUUAUGAUCUUGUGUGCUCCAAAUUUUACACUUAGCUGGUGAGUGUGGAUCUCUUUUUAAUGACAGUAUAGAGGAUGUGGCCUCCCCUUUGAGAAAACUGUGUUUUUGUUGCUUUGUGUUAAGGACUGAUGCAGAGCGAGGCGGAGACUCCACCAAACCAUUUCCACGUCUAAAUGAAGCCCUGUAAUUACAAUUUAGCAAACUCAAUAUUUCAUCUGUCAUCUCCUCUGACUGUCUGUCAGAUUUGUUUCGUGACAUUUCUGUACUGGUCGGAUAGAUUUUGUAACCCCCCCCCCCCCCCCCCCCCAUCCCGUUCCGUCAAUAUAGUUUGGUGGUUGAACAACAAUACAGGCUGUACCAUGUUCUUCUGAAUCCUUCUGUGUAAAGUGUGAAUGCUAUAGAUAAAUGUCAGUGACUUGUUGAUUUGAGCAGCACCCCCCUCCUCCUGAUAACGCUUCUCAAAGAGAGGCAUUGGUUUGUGUAUUUUUAAUGUUCUAUUGUCCAAAAGUAGGCAGCUGAACGCUCUGAAAUUGGAAUUUGCCUCAUCCUCGUUCUCUGCUGCGUGUUGGAUGAGAGCCAGCAUCAGCAGCCAUCUUUGUGCCAAAGUGGGUUGCAGGGUUAGCUGAUCAAAAACAAUGCAUGAUGAGAGCUGCACAGGCGCAACAAAUCGUACAUGUGACCUCAGCCUGCUCGCACUGGAAGGCAGCCUUGUGCUAAUGUUUGUGUUUAACUGUUUGAUUUAGCGUCCUUGGUGUUGGCCUCGGGCAGGGCAAUAAGCUUGGGCUCAUUCAUGACCGUUUAAUAAUUAGAGGAUUUAAAACAAUAAUAAAAAUAAAAAAAACACAAUUCAUUCUUGAAGAGAUUUCAAUAAUGUGUAGAUAUUGCAGACUACUCAUGUCAUUUUAUGGACUACAGUGUGGCUUCAGGGAUUGUGUGGUCUUCUACAGUGACACUGGUAUUCGGAUGGAGUCAAUACUCACUGUUUUCUGUUGUGUUGUGUUUCCUUUUCAUUACAGUAUAUCCUCAUGUUUGCAUGUGCACGGAAAACGUUUCCCAAGUGCUGCCCCCUCCAGAUGCUGCGGGGUGGUGGUGCUCAUUUCUUUAUUAUGCAUGAAAAAUAAAAAGUCACAUCGGGUGAAAUGGGAUAACAACUACUCAAGACAGUCAACUGGAAACACACACUGGGAUAACUGUUCUAUUGGCUUUUUCUUUUCUUUUUCCUUUUUUUGUUCUUAAAGAAAACAAGAGGUCUUGUUUAAAAUGUUGUGGAUGUCUUUAACCUAUUUCAUGUUUUUAUUACCUUAUAAUAAGGUCCUUUUAUGAUGAGCUGAAUAUUGAAAUGAAUUUUACUAUAUCCUUGUGAUGGGGAGGAUGUGCUCCCCUGUUUACUUGGCACUUCGGUUUGUUGUAAUGCAAUUGUUUUGUUAUUUCUA